AAGCUCCAACGAACUCUAAAUCAUUUUCACUUCCUCCCAGUUGGUGACUAAAAAGUGUUCUCGUUGUUUCCUGUGAUUCCUGCCACAAAAAAAAUCCCAGUCUCAUUGCAAUUUUUCUCCCCCGCCGUGCAUUGAAAGCCAAAGAAAAAGUCGCGAAAAUUCGCGUGGAAAUUCUCUUUCCCAACAGAACAAUGAGGCAAAGAAAUUUAUCGCUGUUUUGUGGCAUUUUAUCCAUUUUAAUUGUCUAUCAAAUUUUUGGGGUAUAUUCCUUCAAGUUGUACCGUUCAUCGGCCCAGGAAAAUCAAUUGAACAAUAAAAAGGCCGGUUUUACACCAGUUCCAAACUUACCAGCAGUAAAGAAGUCAGGUCUUCUUGUGAAAUAUGACCCCUGCCCAUCUACUGUGAGAUGUGUCCCUCCAAUCCAAUGUCCGGCGCACGUCAACCUCCCGCCGGAACAGAAGCCGCACCCGUGCGAAUUGUCCAACGGUCUGGGUCAUGGACUGUGCUGCACCACGGGUCAAAAUCACACAGCACAAAAAACCCAGAAGCAUCAUCAUUUGCACCAUCAUGGAGCAAGGGAGGUGAGUCUCGCGGAGCUCAUGUCAAAGGCCAGGGAUCAAUUUGUAGGGCUGCAGCGCCGAGCACUUCUGGCCAAAGCGCACAAAAUAAAACCCGGAAAUCCAGAGUUUGCACACAAUUCACUAUUUCAUACCAAUGAUCGGGAUAAGAAGAGAAUCAAUGCCAUGACAGAUAGGGCUAUGCAGGAAGUCAUCGCUAGUAGAUUGUUCCGAGAAAGAGAGUCCAUUUCUGUGCGUGACUUUCUACUAAACAACUUCAAUGGUGCUUUGGAGGGAGCAUCCCUCGAAAGUGAUUGUCAAUCCCAGGAUGCACCAUGUCACAGCCGUCCACGACCGUAUCGUCUUCCAGACGGUACGUGCAACAAUCCUCUACCGGGUCGGACAUCCUGGGCAGCGGCCGGAACGCCCCAUUUACGACUCCUACCACCUGCCUACGUGGAUGGAAUCUGGGAACCGCGGUUGACCUCAGCCACUGGUCAGCCUUUACCCAGCACUCGUGACAUCUCGAGAUUUGUGUUCCCGGACGUGGACCGUCCCCAUCCUACGUACAAUUUGAUGGUGAUGCUAUUUGGUCAAUUCAUCUCGCACGACAUCACCCAGACUGCAUCAAUCACGAAUCGUGAUGGUACGCCAAUUUCCUGUUGUUCUGAGGAUGGAUCUCGCCCACUGCCACCAAGCCAGAGUCAUUUUGCCUGCAUGCCCAUUCCCAUUUCGCCAGAUGAUGAGUUCUACGCGCAGUUCAAUCAGGGAUGCAUGAAUUUCGUCCGGUCGGCUAUUGCACCAAAUUGCCGACUCGGCUCCGCCAGGCAGAUCGACCGGGUGACACACUAUCUCGAUGGGAGUCCAAUUUAUGGGUCGGAUGAGCAGACUGAGGCUGACCUGAGGGCGUUCGAGGGUGGACGACUUCGGAUGCUCAAUGAUUUUGGACGGGACCUCCUUCCACUGAGCAAUGACGUUCAGCUAUGCUCUCAGAUUCCACCAGGCUCUACGUGCUUUCAAGCUGGGGAUACACGAACGAAUCAAAUUAUCAGCAUCACAGCCAUGCAUACCCUGUUUGCACGGGAACACAACCGAGUAGCCACGAGACUGGCCCAACUGAAUCCUCACUGGUCCGAUGAUUUACUCUUUGUCGAGGCCAAACGCAUUGUGGUGGCCGAACUUCAGUACAUAGCGUACAAUGAGUGGCUACCACUAAUUAUUGGCACGGAGACAAUGGCUCGAUUCGAUUUGAAUGUUCGUCCGGACGGCUAUAGCGAUGAUUACAGUGCAGAUAUUAAUGCUGCUGUCACAAGUGAAUUCAUAACUGCUGCCUUCCGUUUUGGUCAUUCCACCGUCGAUGGGGUAUUUCGCACAUUCAGCGAAACUAUCGAAAUUCCUGAUGUCAUGUUUGAGCCAUCGCGCCUCUUGCAGAGAUCCUUCUACGACGAUAUCCUCGUCACCAUGACAUCACAGCCAAUGCAAGAAGUGGAUUCAUCUGUAACGAAUGGGCUGAGUCAGUUUAUGUUCCGUGGAACAAAUCCCUUUGGCCUGGAUUUGGUGUCGAUAAACUUGCAACGUGCUCGAGAUCAUGGACUGAGAACGUACAAUGAGUAUUUGGAGUUGACGGGCUCAAGGAAGAUUGGCAAUUUUGAGGAUUUGGGACCAGAGAUUGCCGAAAGGCUCCAGCGGGCUUAUGCAUCGCCAGAUGAUAUUGAACUCUGGGUUGGGGGAUUGCUGGAGUCGGCUCAGGUGGAUGCUCUGCUGGGGCCCACCUUUUCCGAAAUCAUUGCCGACCAAUUUUCACGUUUUCGCCGUGGCGAUCGAUAUUUCUUUGAGCACAGCCCAGAAAUCAAUCCAGGUGCCUUUACGCCCCAACAAAUUGCCGAAGUGAGGAAGACAUCGAUGGCGAGGUUGCUCUGUGACAAUUCUGAUGGUAUCUUUUUGCAAGCAGCUCAACCCCAAGCCUUCUUGCAACCCACUGUGAAUGGCAACGACCCCGUGUCUUGCGAUUCCAAUGCAAUCCUCAGAGUCGAUCUAUCGGCAUGGCAGGAGGAGUAACUGAGUCUUCCUUACUUCAACAUCCAAUUUCGUCGUCUUUUGUGCUAAAACACUCCCUCACCGUAUUCUUUGUCACCCACAACCACCCAACACUUUCAACAACAUUAAAUUGCAGGGCAAUAACUCGUCUGAUUUAAUUCUAACUUUUAGGAGGAGGAUGUCGCACAAAGUUUCCCAUUUUAGCAAGGGGUUAAUAUAUCUGGUGCAUUGGAAAAUUUCUAACUAAUGGGUAGUUGAUUGUAAUAUUCAUAUUGUUCUUCAAACUUUAUCGACAUGUAAUUAAAAAUGUAAAUCGUGUGAAACCUAUUAAAUAUUUUACCCAACA